GUCCAUGCUACACUUCCUACCAAGUUCUUCGGAAAGGAAAUGGGGGCUCUGACUGCGGACCGUGGCAUAUCACUUUGGCACGAAGUCUAUUUCCCCGUCAUCGUCUCGCUCUUACUUUCCUCGAGCGGCAUCAUUGCAAUUGCGGGAGACGACACUGGCUCCAUAAACAGGGGAAUCGACAGCGCUAGCAGCAGCAGCAGCGUCAACCCGUCAUUUACCUCGGAACUGACAUCCCUUCUGGAUUUUGGCUAUCCCGACGCACUUUGCGGGUCAUGGCAUAAUGAGUAUAUUCAGAUUCACGAGCAAAUCAGGGCAGCGAGCAGAAAUGCCGCAGGCAGUAGUGUGAACGCUGGCGGCAGCAACUCGUCCUCCGCAAUUCCCCUUCGUUUCAUCACCUACGAGUGGUUCGACAACUGCGGAGGCCUAGGGGACUCCCUCCUGGGCCUCGCGUCCACGUUCGCCGUGGCGCUGAUCACGAGGCGAGCGUUCAUCAUCCGCCACCCGUGCAUCCCCUUCGCCUUCGAGCCCAACCUCGUGGACUGGACGGCGUCAGACGACGUUCCCAUGGAGCCGGCUCGCGAGAUCGCGAUGGACAGGAUAGUGGCGCGGGUGGCGGCGUGGGAGGGGCUGCAGGCGGCGGACGAGGUGCCGAUGGUGGACAUGCGCAACCUCUUCUUCGUGGACCUCGCCUUCUUCUUCCUGCCCUUCCAGGACGCCAUCAACAUGCGGCUGUCGUGGAACCGAGGCGAGCUCACGGAGCUGCUCACGGAGGAGCAGGGGCCGUGGGGGGAGUGGAUCAGAGCCACAGGGCUCAGGGUGCCGUACGCCAUUGGUUGCAUCCUGCGGGUGCUGCUCAAGCCCAAGCCUGAAGUCAUGGCGCUGCUUUCCUCGCUGUGGGGCCAGACGCAUGCUCCCGACACUGUGAGCAUCGGGGUUCACGUCAGGAUUCAAGAUGAAACGGCAUGGCAAGGGGAGACGAAGCUAAGGCCCAAGGAGUACAACUCAACAGAGCUUCAGGAGCUUCUGGGAAAGGCAGCUCCAGUAAUAGAUUGUGCUCAGUCAGUGGAGACAUGGUGGUUUCCACCGCCCUUGAGGGUGCGGUGGGUGCUCAUAACCAACUCGGGUCGGCUCAAGGACGCUCUCAAGCAGCAGCUGCCAGAUAAGGUGCUGUUCACGACCUUUGUGCCGCGGCACUCGGAGAAGUUGGGAGACAUAGUGCUGAGGGAGCGCGGAUUCAACCACUUUGUAGGCAAUGCGUCGGACGCCGUGCUGCUGCACGACUAUGCCGAGGCAGCAGUGCGCGAGGCCAGCGCGCGCAGUGCCGACCCGUCCCAGGUCAAUGACACGCGCAUCCAUGAGGAAGUGCUGGCCAAGCUCACUGCUGAGGGCCGCUUGGCAGGCUCCAUCAACAGAGGGGCGGAGGAGGAAGGCGACAAUGUGGAUGAGGCUGAGAGGAAGAGUGCUGCUGUGAUGAAUUUCCAGGAGAUGGUGGCGGAGUGGCUGCUGCUGUCCACGUGCCACUCCUUUGUGCUCCCCGAGUCCGGCUUCUCCCGCUCCGCCGCCCUCUACUCGCUGCGCCCCAUGAGCAUCUUUUUCUACCAGCGCUGUGACCCUGAGGCGCCAGAGAAGUUGACUGACAUGGCUAGCUCCUGGAGCAAAGUCUGAUCACCAUCGUUUUCUUAGGUUGUGUAUAUAAACGCUGCCUUUGUAA